AUGCUAAGCAAACAGCUGAAUGACCUGCGUGUGCAGAAGCAGGUCCAAAUAUUUGAAGAUAAAAAUAUAGAUAAGUUAACGAGAAGCAAAUACAACUUAUUUAGGAAUGUAUAUAGAAACAUCAUUGUGUCUCCUGCCCAUAUCGAAUCCGUUAGAAGUUGUCUGAACAAGUUAGUAGAUAUAAACAAAUCCUUCAAGAACUUUGAAAAAUUAUUCUGUCUAGAGGAAAAUGAUGUUUUUCAUAGUUUUUAUAACCAAGGAGAAGAAGUACAAGAAAAGAAAAUUCAGCAUAAUAAGAUCCAGAAUGGUGGGGAAAUUCAAAACAUGCUCAACAUUUAUACUGAAAUGGACCACCAAUUGGAUACCGAAGUAUAUUUGAAACACAGAGAAUUUUUGACACAAGAAGAAGAAAAUAUAAUUUUGAAAGAAAUAAAAUCAUUUCUAAAAUUAUGUUCCAUUUAUUCAAACAGAAAAGAAGUAAAAAUUUUAAUCGAAUUUUUAAUAUAUAAAUACGAGAUAAAUGUAAAAUGUAGUCAGGAUAUUUUAUUGUGCAUUUUACCAAACCUGUUUUUAGCUCAUCUGAGAAAUAUCUUAGAGAUUCUUUAUAUAGAAAAAGAUUCUCCUUUCUUUUUCAUAAAUAAUUACAAGCACGAUAGGUUAAAAAAUGUUGACAAAUCCAUUUUUAUUCAACACAUAAAGAGGAACAUAUCGAUAUAUAAAAUCCUUUUCGAGUAUGUAUCUGGAUUGAUAUAUAGUUAUGGUUUCACGACAACAAAUCUGAUAUUCAAUAAUGCAAAAGUAGCAAUGCCAGAGAGUGUAAAUGCAGAACCCAUUUCGUACAUACACUUCUUCAUAUCAGUUACAGAAGAUAUUGUUAAUAGCUACAUCGAUAUUCCAGCCCAAUUUAUUGAAUUUUAUUGCAACAUAUUUUUGACUCUAAUACAAAAAUGUAAGAAUUCCUUUGAUAUGAUAAAAUCUGAACAAAGAAAAGGAGGAGAAAAUCACAAUUCAGUGAACCAAAAUGUAUUUGAAUAUAUGUCUAUUUUUCAAAUUUAUUAUUGUGCAGAAUUUUUAGAAAAGAUUUUGAAAAUAUUUGAAUAUGCCAUUGAUAAAUGUAAGAAAGAAUUCAAUUUCGAAUUUUUAAAAAUUAAAAUUUUUACCUUUUUUGAUAAAGAUUUUUUUUCAAUAGUAGAAGAAGAAGCAAGCAUCACCAUAAAUAACAUGUAUCCAUAUUCCAAUUUUAUGAAAUGUCUAAUUAUUUUGUUAAAUAUAAUUUCUAAAAAUGGAAAUAAAAUAUCUUUCUUCAAUUUUACUAAAGAUGAAUUAACAAGAAACAGGACACUUCCAAACACUAGAGCUAUAUCAGAAGACGAAGUAAACGAAAAGGUUAUUCAUUGUAUAAUCAACUUUGUAAAAGAAAAUAAAAAAAAUUGUUUUCAUAAUAAAAUAAAUGAAAUUAUACAAAAUGGAGAGACACUACAAAAUUUUAUGAGCCUUCUUUAUAAACUUAAUAAUGUGUACGAAAUUACUGAUAAUUUAAUAAAAAUUGUAUUAGCAAAAAGUUAUGCGUUAAAACUAAAUUGGUUCCUCAUAGAGAAGAUUUUUAUCUGUACCUCUCAAAGUAAACAAAAUUAUAUAUUUAACAUAAUUGUAAUCAUAAAUUUGAUAUCAUUUUAUAUUUUUUUAAUUAAGUCAAGGGAAAAUGAAUUAGAUGUAGAAGUUUUAAGCAGUGAAAAAUUGAAAAGAAACACAGAAUCGUUACAAGUGAUUAAAGCAAUAGAAACAAUUCUUGAAAAAUUAUCCCCCAGCAAUGUAUCUAGCACUACUGCUGUAAUACAGAAGGCACACUACUACGAAAUUGUUAAAUUUUUUCUAGAAGAAAAUAAUCAACUUUUUAAAAAAAAAAUAAUUCUCUUUGAAUUAUACAGCAAAAUAGAUGAGCGUUUGCUAAAAUUGAUUAACAUGCUUAAUACCAAGAUUGAUCAAAUCACCAUUUUUAACUCCCUUAUUCAGAACAAGGUGAAUUUGAAUGAUUCAGAAGUGAUUGAAUGCUCAGUCAAAGCCAUUAAGUAUAUGUAUGAUAACCGACCCCGAAUGAAGAACAGAAAAGAGAGUACUCAGAAUGGGAGAGUACAUCAGGUGGAUGUGAUACGCAUAUCUAACACAGCUGAGUUGGCUGAGUUGGCUGAAUUGGCUGAAUUGACUGAGACGGCCGAGAGGAGCAAAAUGGAUGAAUACGAAAAAAUAAUUUUGGGUAAUGGCAGAAUCUGCUAUAGGAAGGGAGAAGGAUCACACGAAGAAUUCUCCGUAGGAACAAUAAAAAAAGGAAUGAAUUUUUCCAAAUCAAAGAGAAAUAUAGAAUGUCUUUAUGCAAGAGUAUUAUAUCAAUUGAAACAAAAUAAAAUUCAGUUCAUCGACUACCUAAAAAAGUACGAAAAAGAGUUAUUAUAUUUUUUUCCAUCGAGAAAAUUUUUGUAUCGGAUAUUAUUUGAUGCAUUCACAGAAUUAAAAUACCAAAAUUUUUGUGAAAUAGAUAAUGAAAGAAACAAAAUAUUUCUGAAGUUUUAUAUGAAAUUGUUUAUAAUAAAAUUGCAGAAAUUGGAAAUUAAAAAUAAAACAAAAUUGAGAACAGAUAAAUUUUUUAAAAAAUUUAUCAAUGUCAAUUUUUCUUUUUUUUUUAUUAUUUAUGACUACUUAACUAACAACCACAUGUAUCCAAACAAUUCUUUCUUUUCUCGAAAUAUUUUAUCGAAUAGUCUUAAAUUAAUAGAAAUGUUUUUAAUUCAUUUAUCUAAAUUGAAAAAUUUCCAGUGCUACAAAUUUGAGGAGUUUUUCCAAAUGCAAAUGAAACAGUUUUCUUCUGAAAGUAUUAAUAAUGUAAUAAAGCACAGCACACCAUUUAGACCGCUCAUUUUGUGUAGAAUUGUGCACCACUUAUCUUCAAAAGUGAACAUAGACAACUGCUUAUGUAUAGAUAUGACAGAGGAUGGUAAUGUGAUGGAUGCUAUUUCGCACAGAAAAAAAAACGUAAAGACAUUUCUUUUAAGGGUUAUAAAAUACAUAUUCAAUUAUUUGGAGGAUAUUAAAUCCGUGAAGAAUGAAUUGAUUAGCGGAAUUUACAACAAUAUAGAAGAAUCAAUUCAAAACAUGAUAUUACAAUUUAGUAAAUUAGAUUCAUCUUUGACAUUUUUCCUUUAUUGUAAAUAUUUAAACACAUUUUUUUUGAGCGAUGCAUAUAUAAAGUUUUUGCUGAAGACAUUAGACCUAUUCUUUUGCAUAUUUAAAAUAGAAAAGGUUAAAAAGUAUAUAAAAGAUAAAAAUAUUUGUGAGACAAUUAUUGUUGAAUUAUUUAGAAUGAAAUUAAAUAUAUUUAAAAAUAUAAAUGUUACAUCAUAUUAUCAAUCAUUUAUGUUAUCCAUUAUGCUGAUUAUAUUUCCAAAUAUAUCAAAUUCAUACCGUUAUGCAUCCAUGCUUAACGAAACAAAAAGAAAAUGUCAUCAUGAAAAUUUUGUUAUUGAUUAUUUUGUUAUAAAUAAAUUAUUUGAAAAAAGCGAAGGAAAGAAAUAUGAGGGUAUUUUUCAUUUAUUGGACAAAGGUCAGGAUGCUGAUCCUAAUGAAACAAAGAAUUCCUCUCUCCAAGGAAAUAUAAGCGAUACAAAUAAUGCACUAAACAAUGAGAAUAAUACAGAAUGUGAUACUAAAAAUGUUAACACUCUGGAGGAUAGCACAAAAAACCAGGAAAAAGUAAUCCCAUUUGAUGAAUACACCCUUAGACACCUUUUUAUAAAGCAUAAAAAGUCAAAUAAACUUAAAAUUAAUUAUACUUAUUAUGAAGAAAGGAAAUAUUAUUUGUUUAUUUUUGCCUAUCUAAGUAGACCAUUUUUUGAUUUACUUUUAUCAAACUUUCAUAACUUUUAUCAUAAGAAUUGUAUACAUGGAGAAUUUUGGAAUGUUACUGUUAUAGGAGCCUUUCUGAGAAGAAUUAUGCAAAGAAAUUCGUAUCCCUACAAAAUUACAAAGAUAUAUAAGUUCUUAUUAGCCUCUAAAGGUGAUGCAUCAGUGGAAAAAAAAAAAUUAUUUCUCUUCCUUCACUUGGUUGAUUUUUAUGUAAAUGUUUUGGAAAAUGCCAAGGACAAAAGGGGAAGAUUAGGAAGAGGGAAAGGGAGAAGUGAAAACAAACAAAAAGACAAAAACUACACCAGAGAAGGUAAUACAGAAUUUACAAUUAAUGGAAGCAAUGGUGAUUCGAAUGGCGUGAGAAAUACUAUUGAUAAAGGCAAAACAAUCUAUAAGAACGAUAUGAAUCCAGAGAACAUGGUUGACAGUCACACAUCAUCACUCCAAGAGAAGGAGGAAGAUUACGUGUCAGAAAAACUACUUAAAAAAGUGAAUUCUCAAAAUUUUGUUAUUAGAGGUAAUCCAGAUUUGAAAGAAUUAGGUAGUAAGAAAAAAGUAAAAAAAAUUAAAUAUAAAAAUAUAUUGAACGAAGAAGGGGAAAAAAGGGACAAGGCUUUUUUUCAAAAUUUAAAAGGAUUUUUUAAAUAUCAUGAAAAUCUGUUUGAGAAUUCAUAUUUUAAUAAAGAAGUAGAAAUAAAAUCCUUAUGUGAAUCGAUAAUUCAGCAUAUAAUAAAUUAUAAAGACACUUGUUUAACUGUUCAGUUAUUAUGUAUUAAAAACUUUUCCACUAGUUGUUUAUUUAAUAAAAAUUUACAGUUAUACAUAGAAAAAAUAGAUAUAGCUAAUUUGAUGUUAUUUAAAAAAUUAUUUUCAAAUAAAUCUCAUCAUGAUUAUCAUUCAAUUUUACUCAUGUGUAAGAGUGUAAGGAGCAUAAAAGAGAGAAGCAAAAUAUUACUAUUCAUCGAUGAACAAAUGGUAAGCGGAAGGAGGGAAAAAAAAGGCCUCUUUAUAAAUCACAUGACAAUUGUUAAAAUUGUAAAUAUUUUAUCAGAUAAGAUUGAUCAAAACGAACGUAAUAAUAUAGACAAUGAUAGUGGCAGUGCACACGUAGACGUGUUGUAUACAGAAUUUGUUGAAAGUCAUAUAAGAAUAUUUAAAAAAAUUUCCAGUUAUGCACAAAUAAAUGAAAUUAUGUUUUUAAAAUUAAUAAAAUACAUAACUAAUAUAUGUAUCCUUUUAUAUGAAAUACCACAACUAGUAGCACACCAUUUUUCUCUAAUUAAAAAUAAUUUCCUAUUCGAAAUUAUCACCUUUUUUGAAAAAAAUGUUUUUUAUUUUCGUGAAGAUAUAACUUCCCAUUUGAAGCCCCUAGCUUCAAUUUUGGAUAAAAUGAUUAAAAGGAAAAUAUUGCUUUAUGUAAAUUUUAGAAAAAAAAAUGCUUUAACAAAAAGUGGAAAUAAUGUCACCAUUAACCAGGAGAAAGUAAAUCGGUCAGACGUUGACUUGAUUCUACAAAAUAAUGAUCCCAGUAAUGAUGUAAUUAUCUCGCAUAAGAACAAAAUAGACAAUUUAGAAUCGUCCUGUGUAUUAUCAUCUGUAUCGGAUGCGUCCACAAAGAAGGGCCAAGGUAAAGAGAUGGAAAAAGUAAAAGAAGUUACUAUCGAAUGUGAAUUGAAAGAACAGAAUAGAAUUUCACAGGUUCUUAACAAAGGUGUAGAUUUUAGGAAUGGUGCAUUAAAGUUACAGUUAAAUGAAAUAGAUGAUGACAUGGAUAUGCAUUAUCAAUUACACACAUUUGCAUACAUAUGCACAUUUAUUAAUCAUAUGUUUAAGAAUGAAAUAAAUAUAGAGCAUUUCACAGUUAUAACCAAUAAUUUAAUUUUCGUCUUUAACAAAAAUUAUACUUCUUAUGUUAUAGCAAUCUGCCUUAUAAAUUUAAUCAUAAAAAUAAAAUUAGAAAAGUUGUAUGCUUGUAAAAAUUAUUUGUUAGAAAUUUGUUAUGUCUACUUUACAAAUGACAUAGAUUAUUGUAUCAGUAACCAUUUGUUGCUACUUCUAUCAUUGUACUUAUGUCCUCAUGAUUUAGAGAAAGAUGAACUAGUAGAACAGGAUACACAACAUAAAUUUUUCGUAACUCUUGUAUCCUCUAUGGGGAAUCAUUCCACAAACCAAAACUGUAUCUCUGAUGGGAUUCAAAACUUUCAGCUGAAAGAAUCUGAAGUAGAUCUUAAUAGAAUUUAUCCAGAAUAUAUAUUGUCCAAACUGAAAUAUCUCAAACCACAUUUAAAAAAAGUAAAAAAUAAUCAGAAUCUGUGCCUCAAAAUAAUUUCUCUCAUAUCAAUAAUUAACACACUUAACAAAAACACAAUAAAGUCAAUAUCAUAUUUUGUAUACAUUAUGACACUUCAAAAUUUUAUACUCUGUUUUUGUUUUGCUCGAGACAAAGCACUUAAUAAAAAACUGAAUAUCUUGUUUAAAAAAUUCUCAUUUAGAAACACGGAUACAUUUAUAUGGUCGUACGUUUUGAAUAAUUUCAAAAUGGUUCUUCAUGAUGUCUCCCAGGUGGUUCCUAUGGAGAAAUCAAUGACUCUGAUGAACUCGGGAAACAUUUCGAAAAGUUCAAAAAUAAUCAAACCCAGUGAGCAGCACUUUGAAAAUCUGUUUCUGUGCAAAUUCUUGCAUCAUCUAAAUAAGCUUAAGGAUUACAUGAAAUUUGAAGAAGGAUAUAAAACAUACUUGAAAUGUAAGGAAAAAUUAAAUAACAUGGAUAGGAAUCUCAAUGAGAAUGUCAUGCAAAAUGAUAAACAUUUUCUUUUAGAUAUUUUUAAUGAUCUUUUAAGAAACGAAAUAUAUGAUGAAAAUGAAAUCAGAAACAUUAUGAACAAACAACUUUUUAACUUUUACGAGUAUUUAAUAAAUAAACUGUUAUUUCUAAAUUAUACAAAAUCACCAAACCUAUUUAAAGAAAUUAUAGUAUUUAUUAAUCAGAAACUAAAUAAUGGAAUUGAUACAAAACAUAUUUUUGAUGCUAUUAUGUAUUUUCUAUAUAAUAAAAAAAAUGAAAAAAACAUCGGACCUUUGAGUGAAAUGUACAUAUAUAACAUGUUUAAUAAAGCAUUAUACAAAAUAUAUGUGGAUAAUUCUACAAAAAUUUCUAUCAUAUCAAAGAUUAACGAAAUUUUGAAGACACUACUUCAACAAUGUUACAAAAUUGUACAAGAUGAAAGAAAUAGUAGAUGGAAUGAUGAAGCCUUUGUUGAUACAGAAUUAACGAAUGAAAUGCAGCUCACUCAUGAAAAUGAAGAACUCAUUGCCCUUAACGAGAAAAAAUUCCAAAGCAGAGGAGGUGGUAGUCAUAAAGUUAAUGCUACUUCUAAAAGGGAUGAAAUUGUUGAAAAGAUGAAAAGGAAAAAAACAUUAUACAAUGAAAUGGAUAUGAUAAACGAUGAAUACAGAAAAUAUAGUGACCAACACAUAGGUAGGUUGAAUAAAGGUGUGGAACGGCUAGAAACGAGCAUGUCUUUGGAUGGACGUAACAUUAAUUGUGUUAAUGAGAUUUUAACAUACAAAGAAACCUAUCUGUCUGAUGCAGAUUCGAUUGAUUUAUAUUGCACCAUUGAUGUUAAUCAUGUAAGUAAAGAGACAGGCAACAAAGAAAUUAGUAAUGUAGUUAGAAAUACACAAUUUCAGAUGCAUCAAAUUCGUCACAUAAAGUAUAUAAACAAGUUGAAGGAUUUAAGUCGUAUUUUCUUCCUUGAUAUUUACCCAUUUAAUACAAUACUGAAAUGCAUAUCAUCGAUACUAAUUAAUUUCCCGCUAUUCACAAAAAAACACGUGAUUCAGUUAUUUCGAGUUUUAUUUUUAAAAAAUAAUAAAUAUAUUGUAAUUAAUGAAAAAAAUAUUUUAAAAAAUAAUUUUUACAAUUUAAUCAAAGAUAAUAAACUUAAGCAUAUCAGUAAAAUUAUUACGAAUCCUUUAAAAAAAUUAAACAUAUAUCAUUUAUUUUUUAUAUUUUCAAAUAACCACGUAGAACUUUGUUUAAAAUAUGUAGUCAGAUAUUUUAAAAAAAAUUAUCUAAACGUUAUUGAUAUAUGUACAAUACAUGGAUACAAUGAAUCUGUCGUUUUGAAUCAUUCUCUAUUUGUUUAUCAACAUUUAGUCAUUUUUCAAAACACUACUCUUGCUAGUACAAGUACAAAGAAAGGAAGAUUCCAUUUAGAGUUAAAACUUUUACUCUGCAUUUUAAAAUCCUAUGUUAAAAAUUGUCGAAAUUAUAUUACUAUGCUGUUUGAGAAAUAUGGUGAAAAGAUAUCAAAAUUAGACGGGGAAAUUUUCUUUUGUUACAAUGCCAAUUCUGAUUCAGCGAAAUAUCAUCCCAUUGUAAAUAAUUCAGAAAAUCAACUAUCUGUAGAUUUAAGAAUAGAAGAACAAAAUAUUGUGACAUCCUUAGUUUACACCUCAACCAAAUUGAAAAUGUCAUCUUUGGGAAAUCUCUUUGAUCAACUAGUUGAAUCAUUUGAGCAUGAAAAGAAUGUUGAAUCCAACUCGACAAACCUAUUGCAUAACUACCAAGUAGUGUAUGAGAGGAGAAUAUAUUUUCUCUACCUCUACAGACUGUAUCAGAAUUUUGGAUCUGUACUAAAUGAAAAGAACAAAUAUCUGUUUGACCUCUUGAACAAUAUCAAAUUUACGCUCAUUUCAUGUCAUACAAGUUGUUGCAAAUUCGGUUCUACUGAUGUGGAUAGAAGAGGAAUGGGAAAAGUUGGAGAAGUAGUGGAAGAAGCAGAUGAAGAAGAGACUGUCAACAAUGCAUCUGACCAAGAUAAUAAAAAUUAUGACAUCGAAUAUAACACCAGCAAUGGAGGAACGAAAAGAAGGAAGGUUAAAAAAUUUAUUUUAAAAAACAAAUGGUAUUGGUUUGAUCUAGGUUACUGUACACUAUUAUGUCUUUAUGAAAUUUUAAAAAAUGAAAAAAAAAACCAAAAAAAUUUUACCCCCAUAUAUUAUCAAACCUGUUUCGAUCAUGUCAUAAAUUGUUUUGAUUUAUUUGCAUAUCUACCAAGAAUACAUAUAAAUGAUGAUUUUAAAAAUACAAUUAACGAAGGUGUCAUAUGGCAUAGCGAAAAAUUAGACAUGAAAAUUGCCUCUAUUACACUUUUAGACAUUUUAAAAUUAAUUCUCGUUGAACUAUAUUCCUUAUAUAUUAAUGAACCUGAAAAAAUUCAAAUUAUGACUAUGAGACUUUCAUUAAAAAAUGAAAAUAACAACACAAGUUACAAUGUUACCUUGUCCAUAUUAUUAACACUGAAAUAUAUUUAUGAAACUAUUGGAUAUAAGGAAUUAUUAUUUUCAGUUACAGAUUUAUAUCAGUUAUUUUCGGAACUUAACGACCACCCAGAUGACGAAAUUGAAUUCUUGACAAAGCAAUGGUUUGCCGCGAUAAGCAAAUACUCUGCAGAUGGCUGA